AUGAACGUGAACAUGGGACCCCGAGGCACUUGGCUCCUGGCUAUGCUUCUCCUGCUGGGUUUGUGCGCCCUGGCGGGGGCCCAGAAACCAGGUGCCUGCCAGUGUUCGCGCCUGAACCCCCGCAACAGGGUGAACUGCGGCUUCCCGGGCAUCAGCAGUGACAACUGCUUCUCCAGAGGAUGCUGCUUCGACUCCAGCGUCGUUGGGGUCCCCUGGUGUUUCAAUCCCCUCCCGAAGCAAGAGUCGGAGGAGUGUGUCAUGGAGGUCUCGGCCCGCAAGGACUGUGGCUACCCCGGCAUCAGUCCUGAGGAGUGUGAGUCCCGGAAGUGCUGCUUCUCCGACACCAUCCCCCAAGUGCCCUGGUGCUUCUUCCCCAUCUCUGUGGAAGAGGCUCUCACUACCCUGCUGGGCUCAGCCGGGAGUUUGCUGAUGGUGCAGAAGGGCAGGCUGGGUGCAGAGGGUCUGAAAAAGGAGGAGAGGCCACAGCCCAACCUGACCUCCACGGUGACUACCAUGGUGACCUCCUCAGUGCCCCCCACAGGGCACCGUGGAAUUAGGGGGCUGCAGUAA